AUGUCAGCCAAUCCACCUGAUCAUGACGUCCCUCACCCUCACCCUCACGCUCAAACGAUUAUGGUACCUGAUGUUCAGCAAUUCAUGCAAAACGAUCUUUCCAACAGGAGAAAAACCUUUAAAGGGCGUUCGAUCGACUUCAAAUUCGAUACGAUCCUACCUCCCGAAGCUCAAGAUGCAUACGAUAACAUACCUAAGGUACUGAAUCUGUCGGGGAUUAUAGCUCUCAGAUCAUCGUACGUUCAGGAAGGUAGAUCAAGAGUCGAUCUUAUGGGUGGGGACGAAACUCUCAGGAUGUCAGCUGGAGUCAAAUGGACUUUACAUAUGAGAACCAAUAAGACAUACUUCAAUCCGUACUUAUUCUAUUUGGCUGAUAAUGUUGAUGACGAGAUCAAGUCGUGGGAGGAUCAACUGGAUGAAAGACGGGAGAGGGAGAGGGAGAGGGAGAGGGAGAGGGAGAGGGAAAGGCGGGCGAGGGGGAAUGAGAAUACUUCUGGAGAAUUUCUCAGUGAUGGCUUGACAGGCGGACAUUAG